UUUGUUAAAUUCGAACAAAAAACAAAACUGUUUUUUCCCCCCCAAGUGUCGUGUGAAAAAAUAAUGAUUAAAAGUUCUUCGUCGAUUAAAAAUUUGUGGUUGUCCAAAAGCGCCCAUUUAAAUGCAUUGCUCGUUAAUGGAUUUGUGAGUAAGCGUGCUAAAGCGACUGCUUUGAGUUUGGUUGAGAAUUUGGAUGAGUCGACGGCGAAUGGCAACGGUCUUAACGGCAGCGGCAAGAACAACAGCAACGGCAAAGCGACGACAGCGCUGACAGCCAACAGUGGCAACAACGACACUAGCAACAACAACAACAGCAACAACGGCACCACCAAUUUAACCGAGGCGAAACAACAAACAUACUACAACAACACGGUAUGGUUAGAUGAUCGCAGCAAGUAUGGCCACACCGGCAAGGAGUUGCAAGAGAAAAUUGCCGCAGAGAAACGCCUACGCGCCGCUCCAUUGUUAAAUCUAGUGUUUGCCAAUCGGAAAUUGUCCUUUUACGAUACCAGCCACACUCCCGGCAGAGAUGACGGCAUGCGCCUACAGAAGCGCUUCUUAUCGAUGCGACCCACUGCAGGUUCUAACGUAUAUAUGGGCGGUACAGACUCUGAUGAAAACGAGCCAACAGAUGGUCAUCGGGAGCAGGAGCAACGCAACGCCGAAGAUGUGCUUUUCGAUAUGUUCUACAAUGAGGAGACCGGUCUUAUAUCGAUGGGCAAAUUUUUGGCCGCCCUCAAGACGACCGGCAUUAGGCGCAGCGAUCCACGCAUACGCGAACUGAUGGAGAAUUUGAAGAAGGUGCAUAAAUUGUCGAAUUAUGAGACUGGCUCGUCGGCGGAAACGCAAAACUUGAAUCGUGAAACAUUUAAAGCCGUUGUGGCACAGAACAUCGUCUUGAUCGCCAAGGCUUUCCGUCAACAAUUCAUCAUACCCGAUUUUGUGAGCUUCGUUAAGGAUGUCGAGGAUAUCUAUUGGAAAUGUAAGACGAAUGCCGAUGGCGCCGUCGCCAACUACAUACCGCAAUUGGCGCGCUACAGUUCCGAUUCGUGGGGCGUUAGCAUCUGUACGAUCGACGGUCAACGCUACUCCAUUGGCGAUGUAGAUAUACCGUUCACUUUGCAGAGUUGCAGCAAACCGUUGACGUACGCCAUCGCCUUGGAGAAGCUGGGACCGAAGGUGGUGCAUUCGUAUGUGGGCCAAGAGCCAAGUGGUCGCAAUUUCAACGAAUUGGUGCUGGAUCAUAACAACAAGCCACACAAUCCUAUGAUCAAUGCGGGCGCCAUUCUAACCUGUUCACUGCUGCAGGCUUUGAUCAAACCCGAUAUGACGGCAGCUGAGAAAUUCGAUUACACACUGCAGUGGUUUAAACGCCUGUCGGGCGGGGAGAAUAUCGGCUUUAAUAAUGCCGUGUUCCUGUCGGAACGCGAGGCAGCCGAUCGUAAUUAUGCUUUGGGCUUUUAUAUGCGUGAGAAUAAAUGCUAUCCGAAGCGCACGAAUCUCAAAGAGGUCAUGGACUUCUACUUCCAGUGCUGCUCCAUGGAGACUACCUGCGAAGCCAUGUCCGUGAUUGCCGCGACACUAGCUAAUGGUGGCAUUUGUCCCACCACCGAAGAGAAAGUAUUGCGUCCCGAAGUCGUACGCGAUGUACUCUCCAUAAUGCAUUCGUGCGGAACCUAUGACUACUCCGGUCAGUUCGCCUUCAAAGUUGGCCUACCAGCCAAAUCGGGUGUCUCCGGUGGCAUGAUGUUGGUCAUACCAAAUGUAAUGGGCAUAUUCACAUGGUCACCACCGCUCGACAAAUUGGGCAAUAGUGUGCGUGGUGUACAAUUCUGUGAAGAAUUGGUGAGCGCCUUCAAUUUCCAUCGCUAUGAUAAUCUCAAACAUGCAUCGGACAAGAAGGAUCCACGUAAACAUCGUUACGAGACCAAAGGACUGUCAAUUGUGAAUUUACUCUUCUCAGCGGCCAGCGGUGAUGUGACGGCAUUGAGACGUCAUCGACUCUCCGGCAUGGAUAUCACAUUGGCCGAUUAUGAUGGUCGAACGGCGCUACAUUUAGCCGCCUCCGAAGGUCAUUUGGACUGUGUGAAAUUUUUAUUGGAGCACUGUCAAGUGCCACAUAAUCCAAAGGAUCGUUGGGGUAAUUUACCGGUUGAUGAAGCGGAAAAUUUCGGACAUCAUGCCAUUGUGGACUACCUGAAAGAGUGGGCAGAGAAGGCUGAAGCGGCCGAUGCUCACACACCUGAAGCGGUUAUUAAAAAUACCGAAGCGGAUGAGGAAAUAAUUACUUCCAAUCAGAGCAUUAGCUCCGAAUACGAUCGCAGCGCCACUGCUAGUCCCAUACCGUCGGAUACAGGCAGCAGCAGCGGUAUCGAUGAUAAUACCAAACCUGGUUUCUAAACUCAACAUAUGUACAUCACGCACACAAACACACACCUAUAGACUUAGAACCCAUCAAUUCGCAUCACAAAUACCUACACACACAUACUUAAGACAAUGAUUUGACAUGAUUCCUGGAGAAUCUCUUACGAAAUGUAAGCAUAUAUACCAAAAAAAAACAAGAAAAAGCUCCGACGUCCGUUCGGCAGACACUGCAAAUCUUCUACGCUGCAUUAUGCAUAUUUUAAAAUAAUUCAUUUAUUUACUAUACUUAAUUUUAGUUUAGUACUUUAGCUGUAGUUUUAGGUCCUCAGCAUCUCACAACUACAUGAAUGGACAGCCGUUAUGAUGGCAUAUAUGUUUGUAUGUAGCGAAUAAGUACAGAUUUGUGUUAAAAUAUUGACCCAUAAGUAUUUACAUGCAUAAUGCUUUUAGUUUAUUCACAUAGCCUAAAUAUUUUGAGCGUUUCGACAGUGAUUAUUGAGUGGCAAAUUGAGUUGCACUCGAUUGUGAGCUAUUUUAAAGCGCGAGUUGUGCGAAUAUGCAUAGCAAAAUGUAUGUUUGGAAGUAAUUGUGAAGAGUUUUUGAGCAUACUUUAAAAGAAAAAAAGUUCUUAAAUAUUUGUAUCACACUUUUGUUGAAAUAUGCGAAAAUCACUCAGCUUUUAUGUGAGUAAUUACGAUAGACCAUCUUAAUGUUUGACAAAUAAUAAAUACAUUAGUGCAGAGACGGCUAAAGUUUCCUAUAAAUUAUAGUUGAAAAAUAUUCAUAUGUACCAUGCUGAAACCAUAAACAAAUUAAGACGAAAAAAAAUUCGAAAAAUAUUACAAAAAAUUUUCGAAAAUAAUUUCAAAAAAUUAAAAAACAAAUUUCAAAAAAAAAAUUAAAAGUAAUUUUAAAAAAUUCAAACUCCUUAAAGUGAGAAAAUGGUGGAUUCUGUGGUUUUAAAAUUGUAGACGAAAGUAAAAAGUGAUUUCAAACCAAAAACAGAAAGUAGAAA